CCCGAACCGGGCUGCAGUAUGUGCGAGACGCUGAUGGCUGUGUCUCAGCUGGACAUCGAGCCUCAUCCACCGGAGAACGGCUUCGUCACCCCCGAAAGUAAUAAAUCGCCCGGUUUACUUACGCAGAUCGACGGCGGCGUUUUGCCUAACGUGGGCGGAUUUGGGAGAUUUCAGAAACAGCUGAUCGUUUUAACAUGCAUCCCGGCCAUUUUCAUUGGCUUCAGCCAAUUUUCGGACAGCUUUCUCCUGCAUGAGCCUCAGCCGUGCGCUCAAGUGCAGCCGAACAACAGCGAGCCUUCGUCCAAUGUGUCGGCCGUGAUGUAUCGCGGCGUCGAUAAUGGAAGCAAAUCCACUAAUGAGUCAUCACAAUGCAUCUGCAUGCAGUCAGGAUGUGAACUGCAAAUUGGACUAGAGCAAAAUGUUGUCACGAAGUGGAACCUAGUGGGUGACUCUGCCUGGGUGGUUCAUAUUGCCAAAUUCUCCCUGUUGGUGGGCUCCAUCUUUGGAUACUUGGUGUUGGGAGUUUUGGCAGAUAGGUUUGGAAGGCACCCGGUCCUGAUCCUGUCCGUCAUCUUUAUGUUAGUUUUCGGCAUUAUGGUGGCCUUCUCCGUCAACGUCCCAAUGUUCAGCACCCUGCGCUUCUUUGAGGGCUUUUGCUUAGCUGGAAUCACACUCUCGCUCUAUGCACUGAGGAUAGAGCUGUGUCUGCCGGGAUGGCGUUUCUCCAUGACCAUGGUGGCAAACUUCAUGGUGUUGGCGGGGCAGCUGCUCAUGCCGGGACUGGCAGUCCUCUGUCGCGACUGGCAGAUUCUCCAAGUAGUCGUAAUCUGCCCUCUCUUACUCAUGCUGUCCUAUAUCUGGAUUUUUCCGGAGUCUCUGCGCUGGCUGCUUGCGACGCAGCAGUACAGUCGCUCCAAAUGGAUCAUGGAGCGCGUCGCGAAAAAGAACAACAUCAAUCUAGAGGAGGACGCAGAGGAGCUCAUGACAGAGCUGAACCAAGCCCUGCCAAAGCAACCCAAGAAGACAUGCAUUGUGAAGAUGGUUGGCACAAGGAACCUGUGGAAGAAUUUAGUAGUGCUCUGCGUCAACUCACUGACGGGUUACGGCAUACACCACUGCUUUGCACGCAGCCUGAUGGAGAAGGAAGACCAGCCCAUGUUCUCUAAUUUCUAUGCCAAAUACUACUCCAUGGGGGGCAUUGCUGUGGCAUCAUGCGUGGCGCUUUGCCCUGCCGUGGGCAUGAUGGGCCGGCGCGGGGGACUCCUCAUGUUUAUGAUCAUCACAGCCCUGGCAUCUCUCCUUCAGCUCGGCCUGCUAAACUUGGUGGGGAAGUACGGCGACAUUAUAAAUAUUGACAGCUCUGGCACGCUGAACUCCAACUUUUCAAAGGCUUUCUCCAUCAUUGGCAUGUUCUCCUCCCACGCUGUCAGCAACCUAAGCAUCUUUUUAUGUGCUGAAGUGACCCCUACUGUGAUUAGGGGUGGCGGUCUAGGCCUUGUCCUGGCCAGUGCUGGUUUUGGCAUGUUGACGGCACCCAUCAUGGAGCUGCAUAACCAAAAAGGCUAUUUUCUGCAUCACAUCAUUUUCGCCUGCUGCACUCUUAUCUGCAUCAUUUGCAUCUUGCUGCUGCCAGAGACUCGCAAUCGACCGCUACCAGAAACGUUAGCGGACGGUGAAAGUUACACCCGCCAACCGUUACUGCCACCUCGCAAACCGGGCGAGCAACUGCUUCUGCUGACCAAGUCCGAGAGCCGCGAGUAUGCAAGGGUUGGCGACACGCCUCUCCACGAAGCAGCUGCCACUGCUGUUUCCACUAUGGACUCUACUGCCUCAUCCGCCAUCGAUCUUCAGAUGCUCAUUGAUGCCCCCGGCCAGGCAGAGCUAUUCAGUAUGAAGACAUUGACUUCUACCCAAGAGCAAGAUGAAAUCAAGCAAUCUGCAUCCAUGCCGGAAACCUUUGCCUCAUCCGUAGAGGAUCCUCUCCUUGCCUCUAUCCCAAACACUUCUACCCCAAUCGCUAUUAAUUAUAUUCAGACACUUAAAACAGAAUCUACAGCCGUUCUGCCUUCUUCAACUGUGGAAACUCCUUCGAUCACUGAUCCUACCCUCGAGUCCUCUACUUCUUCCGAUCUCCAAACUCCUUCGCUUUUAGAUAUAGUUACACCAGCUGAAUUCCCCUUGCCGGUUGCUAACGAUAUCAACAUCCUAACUGAAGUGGGCUCUACAGGUCCUGUCCCAACCUUUCCUCUCUGCACAAUCAACUUGUCUGAUCCAUCCACCGGACAAUCACCCACUCCGCCUUUAAAUGACAUUCCUCCCUCUUCCUCAAUAGACUCUCCUGUUCACCUAGUCACCUCUUCCCCAACAGAACUGUCUUUACCACCAAUACCGGACCAGUCUGGUCAAGUUAAUGCCAUCCCAGUUCAAUCCUUUUCUUCACCCAUAGAUCCCGGCGCUCCAUUGUUACAUUUAGUUGCCCAACCUGCGAUUAACUCCAUAGAAUCUGGCCCUCCUUCACCAGCCGUAUUGGAGCCAACCUUAAGUAAUAGUACUACUCUUCUUGCUACUGUGAGUUCGACUGCACCUCAUGCCACUGACUCUGUUACAGAAUCCAGCCACCCGCUUAUGACGAACUUGACUGUUUCCUCGCCUAUUGACUCAGGUACACCUACAGACAUUGACUUGCCCAUCACAGAAACCAAUACUGCCAAUGGGGAGACGUCUUCAUGACGGACACAUUCGCUCCACGUGAUUUGGUGGGCUGCCUCAUUAUCAAGAAGCAAUUCUUGUCGUGGGAGCUCAUGCCAGUCAUUGCUAGAAGUGUUUUUAUUUUCCAGCAGCCAUGACCCGAGAAUGGCAAUGCAAGGAGAAGGUAUAAAAGGAUUUGACUGAAAGGGAACAACUAUAACGGUCGAUGCUCAAAGGGUUUUUACUCUCCUUACUUUAACAGCCUUCUUAGGGGUCGUUCACACAGAACACGUUUUCCAUUCCAAUGUGCUAUUUUCCAUAGUUUUUCUGUGUAAGCGUGCUAGAUGGGCGUGUAUGACCGUUGCGCUCGUGUCUCGUGUUUUGUGCAGCAUCUCGCACAUGAGCGCCAUGUAGGGCUGUCAAAAAAAUUUUGAAUUUUGAAUAUUCGUCGAAUUUAAAAUAAAA